CAUUUUGGCGCCCGUAAACAAAUCACCAAACAUUGACAGAAAAGCACAGUAAACAAAAAUCAUACAACAAAAAAAAGUGGCCACCGGUAUCUGGAAAUUUGAAGAAAAUUAUUUAUUGUUCCAUAAGAUUCUUUUAACUGCUGAUUUUAAAGAAAUUUCGUUUUUGUUUCUAACGUUUGUUCCAGAAAUGCUGCCGAUUCGUGCCCUCAAUGAUGAUUCGGAUGAUGUUAGUAGCUGUAGCAGCGAAACCGAAUUAAAAUUCACGGGAGAAGCUGAGGAAACAAUUAUUGUCGCGGAAUACAUGAGAGCACUAAAUUUUGUAAACACAGGGAAUGGUAGCGCAGCGUUGGAUCUGUUUCUUGAGUUGCUGGAAACGGAAGCACUCUCUAGGGUUUUCAACAACAAUCAGGAGAGUAGACUUUUACUCGUUAAAUACAGCUGCUACCGUAACAUUGGACUGCUCUAUCAAGAAAGAGGUGACAAAGUCAAAGCGUUGGAUUACUUAGUUAGUGCCAUUGAACUGGAUGACAACGACGUUUAUGCAAUGUGUUCACUCGCGGAAUUGGCGCUUGAGAUUGGCCAAAUUCCAGUUGCAAAGCUUUAUUACGAAAAAUGCUUAGAGCGAAACCCGAAUCAUUGGCCAAGUCUGGAUGGAAUGCUCCAAGUUUUCUUGGCAUCAGAAAGCAUAAUAGAAGCUUGGUCAUGGGCCAUCCACUGCCUUAAGAAGGACGAAAAGUACGAAAAAGCAAUUGGUGUCAUACGUGAAAUAAGUCAUCGAUUCGAAUCCAGUCGUCCAUUUCUGGAGAAUCUUAUAAUGGACAGCCCAUCGUUGAUCACAACUCUUGCCGAACACAAGAAUAAUGGAGUGGAAAGUUAUCUAAAUAAUACUCAUAAUGAAAACAUAAUUCAUCACGACGCUGACGUUAUCCAAGAUACUACUGCUUUUGAUGGUAUUAAAGUCGCAGAAAUGAAUUGGAUGUCUUUGGGAACUUUGAUACUUGAAUUAAACAGCGUUUUGGAAAAUUCUGGACAGAUGUUGAAGAAUUUCCAUCUUAAAGAUUUUCUUGGAAAACCAAUCGACACUCAGGAACAUGAGAGCAACCCCGAAGACGAAACAUCGUAUACACUACACAAUGAGACUAUCCCUGAUGUAACAGAUUUCCGGAGCUCUACGAAUUCAGAUUUGGUAAAUGACAUUGAAUCUAAAAGUCGUCGUAGAGGCAGUGAACUGAAAAUUUUGGAGCAGUGGGGCUGGCACAAGAAUCGACGUUCUACCAAAAAGAAAAGCAUGCACGAUAGCCCGGACUUUGUGGAAUCAACAGCUGAUGGAUUUCUCAAACGUGCUUUGGGACAAUAUUUUACAGUAUCAUAUGACAGCGAUAAGUCUCCGUUCACAGAGCAGCCAUAUGAGCAGGGCACUGUACAGGCUAGUGUGAAAGGGGAGUCUGCAUCUAAUAUUGCAAACAAAUUCACGGAAGUUACGAAAGACGAUUUCGAUACCAUGAUAAGUGAAAUUGGUGACCGUGAACUCGAUUUAUAUUUGCUAAUUAACUUAUACCUUCAUCAUAUGUCAUUGCACUGGGAUAAAGAAAUGCCCAGUGAGCUACGCUCUCUGUACAUUCAGGUUUACGAUAUUUUGGCUAAGUUCGUUAAUUACGAAUCCUGGAAUCAACUGGAAGAUGAAGACCUCAUUGUAAUGUAUCGAAUUACUUUAUUUUACAUGGAAUUGAGUCAAGAUAGUACAGAAGAAGCGAGAUCACCUGAAAAUGAAUGCAAAAAUAAAUCAAUUUUCAAAAGUCUUUUGGGUGCUCUACAAUUAUAUGUGUCUGUCCUGCCCGCUGAAUACAUCACCAUCUAUCACUCAAGACUCUUAUGGCUAAAUUAUUCUGUAUCGAAGUAUGAAAAUAAUCUCCCUGUUGCAUUGAACAUGUUGUUGCUGAUGAGUGCGGUCUUCGAAGAUCAUCCUUCCGUUGAGGUUCAUUUGCCUAACCAGCAAGAUAAUAAUUUGUUUAACCAAAUGACAAUCCAAAAAAUGAUCGUAUCUCUCAGACGACAAAUUUGUUUGAACAGUGUGCAGGAUUUGUAUGCUGCAGCCAGCUACGACGAAAUAGUGAACAUUUUGAAAGACAGUUUGACCAACUCAUCGGAUAUCGUGUCUGACAAUAAGCGGAUUUUGAGUGUAUCGACCCAAAUUGAACUAUUGCUGGAAUGUUUGUGGCAUCAGGAACUGUAUCUGGACUGUAUGAUUUGGUCAGAGAAAUCGUUGAAGUUUGCAGUCGAUUUGUAUGUUUCUUCGAACUCCUAUCAUCAAAGUAAAUACGCAAAGCUAGCAAAUUUCGUUUUGCUAUAUGUUCAAUCAUUAAUCGAGAAAAGCGAAGACAACUUAUUGUCUUUUGAAAACAUUCCUCGAAUGGUGCAAACUAUUCACAAAUUACUAACUCAUCUGUUGGACACCCACCACGACAAACAUUCAUCUAACCAGUAUUUGGUUGAGUGCUGGAGAGCUUGGAUUGUUAUACACUACAUAUUACAAAGGCAAGAUGAUUUGAAUAUGGUUUGUCGGAAAAACAGAGGGAUCAACCAAGUACCUACAAUUGACAUGGAAGAGGAAUCUCUGUUUAGUUCUGUGAUGCUGUUUUUCGUUGCUCAUGAUCUUCUCGGAAGGCGACAGUGGUGCUCCAAAGGAAACAACGUCUUCUUGUUUAUGGUACUUGAUGCCAUUGUUCCUAUGAUACGUUCUCCCAUGUUCGAACCGUACCGGGAUAUUGUAAGUGAAUGUAUAGAGCAGACCACGUAUUGUCUUUACGGAUAUCCACCGAAAAAGGGAAGAACCAGACAUCUACAAGAUCAUGAAUCUACUGCAGCAAAUUUAACUUGGGAACGAGCUGUUCAGCUGUUCGACAUAUAUCGGCCGGAUGUAUUACCGGAAUUCAAUUCUUACAAAAUCGAUUCAAUUUCAACUGACAUGGAAGCACUUCUUCAGCACAUUUUGUUAUUGAUGCCAGAGGCCUGCGACGUUGCGCCAUAUACCGGAGCAAUUAUGGAAUUCAUCAAUGGAAAAGAGAGUGUUUUCACCAAUGUUGUUCGCGAGGAUCUGCUAUGUUUCAAAAUUCGCACCAUAUACUAUAUCUUGGCGGACUAUUAUUUUAAGAACAGAGACUUUGGUAAAGCGAUAAAAUACUAUGCAAUGGAUUUGACUGUUGAGCCUACCCGAUUCGAUUCGUGGGCGGGAAUUUCCUUAUCAAAAGCUAGCAAGUGUGAAACAAUCUUGAAUUCUGCUGAAGUGCUGAAUUAUCGAUCUCUUCUGGAUGAAACUAGCAGCACAAUAAGAUGUUUUGAGCAGGCGUUGAAGUUUAAUGACGAUGAUCCGCAAGUAUGGGUUGAAUAUGGCUCAUUUGCGUAUUAUGUUAGCUCGUUUUGUGGUAGGCAUAUCAAAACAGUCAUUCACUCGAAGGAUUGCUCGUCAUAUUUGAAGACGCAACAAACAUAUUAUUUGGACGUUUCAUUUGGAAGCUUCACCAGAGUGAAUGAAGUAUUCAACUUAAACCAGAAAGAGGAUCACGACAACGAAGUCAGCGAGGACGACAAAUGGUUGUACCAUUAUAUGCUGGGUAAAAUUGCUGAAAAAAGGAAAGAACGACCGGCAGUUUAUCUCACUCAUUAUCUAAAAGCUGCCAAAUGUCUGUAUGAGUGCAGUGCAACAUAUCCAAUCAAGAUCAACCACAGUAACCCUUCUCAGCUUUCCAUCGAAGCGCUGGAACUAUUCUAUCGUACCAAUGCAGCAAUCAUGAAGUACACUGAAAAACAUUCAUCAAUCUGUAAACAAGAGGCAAGCUUAUUCAAAAAAAUCCUCAACGAGUUAUCAGUAAGCCCAUUUGCAGUCAAUAGAGCCAAAAUUAGUGACGCGGCUUUCAAGAGAAAGCUGGUUGAAUCAGUUGAUAAACCUCAGGCUUCUAAUGUGAAUUUUAGUCCGGUAGCGAUGUCGAAAAGUGACGUUGCAUCUGACACUGCCACUGAAGAAAAUAAGCCGACAGGAAUUGAAAAUCCUUUCGAAAAUCGUGUAUUGAAGCCUAUCAAAAUGGAUUGCUUGUCUAGAAGAGCAUCACAGGAAAGCACCCCUUUAUCCAAUACUACUCCAACAAGCAAUGCUACCAGUUCAAUGUCAUCUGUAUCGGACUCUCAAAGCUCUGGAACUGAUAGUGACACUACCACUGAUGACGAGACAUGCAUUACAUCUACCGAUCGGGAUGCCAUUUUUAAAGACUGCAUAAAAAAUCUAGAAGAAUGUGUUAUCAGAUUUCCAGAGCAUUACAAAUCUGUAUACAGGCUAGCGUACCACUACUUGAAUGCUCCAGGCGAGACUAAAUCGUUUGAAAAAUGUAAUCAGCUGUUAUUAGGAUCGUAUAAGGCUACAUUAGGGAAUCAAAUUGCUGGCUUAUUCACGGAAAGGAGAAGCAAUAACUUUUUCAAUGGUAUUUGGAGAAUUCCUUCGUCGGAUAUCGACAGGCCCGGAAGUUUCGCCUCGCAUUUGUUCAAAUGCGUAGCAAUACUAAUUGAAACACUUAAAAACAAUAACGAUCACGAAACGCUUCUUGAGUUGGCGAUUCAACUCUAUCGAAGACCGGAUACCGAUAAAGAAUAUUUGAAUGACUAUGAUCGCAACGAAUUGUCUCUCCAGGCUGUGUCAACCUGUAUUUCAGUGUACCGAAGCGUUCUCAAGCAAAUAGCAGCACAGAAAAAUGAUAUUGCAUUCCUAACGCUUCUCGUAGACAUUUUCAAAGGGUACAGAAGGUGCAUCAAACACAUGCAACACAAAGAGUUUAAUUUUUCUGCUGUGUUGCUCGACGCGUAUAAAUCGUUUGUACAAGAUAAAGCAACAAUUCCUGAGUCAGCCAACGUAUUGGACCUCGCCGUAAAGCUAUGUACGUAUGAGAUAAACUAUCGUAAAUCUAUGGAAAAAAUGGUCGGUAAACAAAUGGAGAAAGCCAACAAAAUUGUCAACCUGUGCACCGAUACGCCAUCCACCAUGAUCACGCCAAUGCAGCCAAUAUCUGCGGCUUUUAUUCCAGGACUGACGAAGCAUCGUAAAAUUAUUGCACCAAAACUAUUAAACGCUUCAAACACGGCAGCUACAUCUCAUGGAAUGGUUCCAGUAGGUUCUCCAUCAAUUACUUCAGUGUCUCUUCCAGGACUUACGAUUACACCUGUGACAAUUACUCCAUCUUUUUCAUCAUCCGGAACUCUGGCACCAAACACUACUAUAUCACCAGUUGUUUCACGCAGUGCAUCGGAACUAUUGAAAACAUGUUCUAAGACGGAUACUGUAUCUGAUUUCUCGAGGAUGAACUUCGGGAGCUUUUCUAAUCUUGGCUAUGAUAACGCAAUUUUUCAAUACAACAAGAUGAUUGCUGAAAGUUUAUUCCUGAGUAAACCAUCUACGUCUAGUGGCACUACAAAUAAGGACGUAAACGCACCAAUGGAGUAAUGUAUGCGUUGAAAAAUAAAUGAAAAAAGUUUUUUUUGCAAUAAAAUAUUAAA